AUGGGCUACACUUGUGCUCAGGCCUCCUUGGUCGCCUUUUUCAAGUUCAUCAACACCUUCAUAUCAUGGCACAAGCUGCCGCCUCUCAUUGGAGCCCUGAAUCUCCUGGCUCUUCGAGAUGAGCUGCGCGAGAAGAACUUGGUCGACACAUAUCCCUCGGAGCAGUUCCAGGGUCCUGCACAGAGCGAUGUGUUGACCGACACCAAAUUUAUCUGUGCCCGCAACUCCGAUGGGCUUUACAAUGAUCUGGACAAGCCCAAGAUGGGCUGCAGAGGAAUGCGAUUCGGUCGCAACGUCCCGCGAAAGUUCACUGAAAAGCCAAGCGAUUUCGACCUGAUGCACCCAGAUCCACGACUCAUCAGUCAGAAGCUGCUCCAGAGGACAGAGUUCCAAGGCGCCUACAUUGUCAAUCUCCUCGCCGCUGCCUGGAUUCAGUUUCAGGUGCACGACUGGGCACAGCAUACGAAUAGCAAAACCAAAUUCCACGAGAUCAAGCUCAAGUCGGAUGACCCAUGGCCGGACCACCCAAUGAAAGUCGCCAAGACGGUACAGGAUGAGGUACUGGAUGAUCAGGAUCGCAAGUAUCCCGCUUACGCCAAUGAGAACACUCACUGGUGGGACGCUUCGCAAAUCUACGGGUCCACUGAAGCAGAGACACGGCUUCUUCGCAGCAAACAUGACGAUGGCACCAUGGACGUUGAUCGAUUCCAAGGCGAACAAUUCUUGCCACGAGGCGUUGAUAACAUUCCCUUGACAGGCUUUAACCAUAAUUGGUGGCUCGGUCUGGAGCUACUACACACUCUCUUCGCCUUGGAACACAAUGCGAUCUGUAGCAUGCUCAAGACCAAGAAUCCGAGCUGGACUGGAGAUGAACUUUUUGAUGUAGCUCGACUGAUCAAUUGUGCCCUGAUGGCGAAAAUCCACACCAUUGAAUGGACUCCAGCAAUUUUGCCACAUCCGACCUUGGGCAUUGGCAUGAAUGCCAACUGGAGUGCUUUCACCGGCAUUCCAGAAUCUGGCACAGACCAAGGCAAAGCACCGUACUGCCUGACCGAAGAAUUCGUAUCAGUCUACCGCCUCCACUCUCUCCUUCCCGACGACGUUGCAUUCUUCAAUCUCAAGACCGGCACCCACACCCAAACCGUCCCGAUCGAACAGGUCUCCUUCGAACACGCCCGCUCCCAAUUCGAUCCUCAAGACAAGUCCAAGCAGCUUGGCUUCACCGACGCCUUCUACUCUUUCGGAAUCAAUUAUCCAGGCGCCAUUCGCAUCAACAACAUGCCCAAAUUCCUUCGCGACCUCAAGAAGCCCGACGGAGAACACCUCGACAUGGGAGCCGUCGAUGUCCUUCGAGACCGUGAGCGAGGCGUGCCCCGGUACUGCCAGUUCCGCCGUCUCUUCCACAUGUCAGCACCCAAGAAUUUCGAAGCUUUGACGGGAGGUGACAAGAAGCUCGCAGUCGAACUCUCACAAAUCUACGAAGGCGACGUCGAAAAGGUCGAUCUCCUCAUCGGUUGUCUCUGCGAGCCUUUGCCCCAAGGAUUUGGCUUCUCCGAGACUCAAUUCCGAGUGUUCAUCUUGAUGGCAAGUCGGAGAUUGAAGAGCGAUCGUUUCAUCGCAAGCGAUUUCAAACAAGAGAUGUAUACUCGCGAGGGCAUUGAAUGGGUCCAGAGCAAUACCAUGAGAGACGUCCUCAUCAGGCACUUUCCGGAUCUGCGAGGUCCCUUGCGAGAUGUCAAGAAUGCUUUCGCGCCUUGGGGCAAGGUUGGCAAGAGUGGUGAGCAUUUUGGCAAGGAGGUCUCUACGAGAGAUGAGCUGGAGAAGGCUGGAUUGCUGAGCUUACUCAAGUGA